AUGGCGGAGAGCGACAAGCCGGAGGCUGCGGUCGCCGCGCCGCAGCGCGCAGCGGAGGACGCCGCCACCAGCCAGCCGCCGCCGCCACCACCACAACAACAACAGCAGCAGCAGCAGCAACAACAGCCGCCGCAACAACAGCCGCCGCAACAGCCACGGCAGGAUGAGGAGGCAGCGGCAGCAACCGAGAGCGGCGGGGGCAGCGCUAAUGGCGUCAAAAUGGAUAAUGAUGAGACAGCAAAAGAAGAGAAAGCACCUGUGAAAGAGAAGUACGUUGCAAAACCAAAGGCAAUUCCUUCGCUUGGAAACAAGAAUAGAUUCCACCCCUAUUCAAAGGACAAGAAUGCAGGCACUGGAGAGAAGAUGACUAUUAAUCGUAAUAGAGUUUUUAUUAGCAACAUCCCCUAUGACAUGAAAUGGCAAGCUAUUAAAGAUCUUAUGAGAGAGAAAGUUGGUGAGGUUACAUACGUGGAGCUGUUUAAGGAUGCUGAAGGAAAAUCAAGGGGUUGUGGUGUGGUUGAAUUCAAAGAUGAAGAAUUUGUUAAGAAAGCAUUAGAAACUAUGAACAAAUACGAUCUUAGUGGAAGACCCCUGAAUAUUAAAGAGGAUCCUGAAGGUGAACAUGCUCGUAGGGCAUUACAGCGUGUAGGAGGACAGUUUCCAGGAGGACAUGGACCUGAUGUGGCACCUGGAUUAAUGAAUUUACCACCUUCUAUUCUCAAUAAUCCAAACAUUCCACCUGAGGUUAUCAGUAACUUGCAGGCAGGCAGGCUUGGGUCCACUAUUUUUGUUGCUAAUCUUGACUUUAAAGUUGGCUGGAAGAAACUGAAGGAGGUGUUCAGCAUUGCUGGAACUGUAAAGCGUGCAGACAUCAAAGAAGAUAAAGAUGGCAAGAGUCGAGGAAUGGGAACAGUUACCUUCGAACAAGCAAUUGAAGCUGUUCAAGCAAUAUCUAUGUUCAAUGGACAAUUCCUGUUCGAUAGACCCAUGCAUGUAAAAAUGGAUGACAAAUCAGUUCCUCAUGAAGAUUUCCGUGUUGCAGACAGCAAAACUUCACAAUUACCUCGUGGUCUUGGUGGCAUUGGUAUGGGACUUGGACCAGGUGGACAGCCCAUCAGUGCAACACAAUUGAACAUGAGUGGAGGAAUGGGGAGUCUGGGUCCAGGAGGUAUGGGAAUAGACGGUCCAGGAUUUGGCGGAAUGAAUAGAAUGGGAGGCGGACUUGCUGCAUUUCGUGGAAUGGAAGGAAUGCCUAAUAUGGGAGGAUUUGGCGUCAACCGAAUGGGAGAAAUGUUCCGUGGUGGAAUGGGAGGAAACAUGGACAGAGAUUUUGGUCGUAGUGACAUGGCAUUGAACCGUGGUUUUGGAGAUUCUUUUGGAAGGAUGGGUGGUGCAAUGAUUGGUGUUUUUGCAGGAGGAAUGGGAGCGCCUAGCAUGGGCCCAGUAAGAUCUGGAAUGAGUGGUGGAAUGGGUGGUAUGAACAGUAUGGCUGGAGGAAUGGGAAUGGGGAUGGAUCGGAUGAGUUCUGGUUUUGAUCGAAUGGGACCAGCUAUGGGUGGAGGCCUGGACAGGAACAUCGAUAUUGAUCGAGGAUUUGUGCCUGGCCCAAUGGGAAGUGGCAUGAGAGAGAGAUUAGGCUCUAAAGGCAACCAGAUAUUUGUGAGAAAUCUUCCUUUUGAUUUGACCUGGCAGAAGCUAAAGGAGAAAUUCAGUCAAUGUGGUCAUGUAAUGUUUGCAGAAAUAAAAAUGGAGAAUGGAAAAUCAAAGGGCUGUGGAACAGUCAGAUUUGACUCACCAGAAUCUGCUGAAAAGGCCUGUAGGAUAAUGAACGGCAUAAAAAUCAGUGGCAGAGAAAUUGAUGUACGCUUGGAUCGCAAUGCAUAAUUUAAAACUG